GUUCAAAACAUUGUUAUCAGAGAUUACAAACUACGCUCGACACACGUGAAGUUUUUAAUUUUCCGUUCUCCGUUGACGUCAGUGACAAAGUGCAGAUCAUAUAAUCUUUAUCGACGAGUUGUUUACCCAAGAAAACUGUCCACCGUAAUUCACACCCCCGAAGACUGUGGAUUUCACCGCAUAACUGCGUAAGUCGGCAAGUACAUAAUGAUAACAAGCAUUUGAAGUGAGAAUGAGUUCUGAAGGUGUCAAGAGUUUACUGGUAACUCCCAAAUACACAUCAUAUCAGCCUGUCAGGACUAGAGAUCCCUACGCACCAUAUGCCACAGGCAAAACAAGGCCAAGUUCAGCUCCAGUGAGACGUCCCACUGGUCCUGUAGAUGUGAGACCAGCAUGGCAUGACUCCAGAGCUGAAUUAAACCAUGCCAAGAGAAGAAACUUCACGAUAUCAUUAAGACACAAUCCAAUAGAAAGUCGUGUCAGCAAGAGGGCUCCUUAUGCUGCAAGAAAAUAUGAUUCAAUAGAUCUAGCUGAUAUCAAGCAUUAUCCACGAGUGGAAAAUGGCAACACAGUCACAGCACCCCCAUAUAGUUCAUUGAACGACCCACAUCUUGUGGACUAUUUUGCCAGAAAAUUUGGAUUUCAACCAAAGCCACCGACCGCUGGGAGUGUGAGAAGUCGAACUGGAAGUGCAAUAGGUCCCGGGGGUGGUAAAAUUAUUGUGUAUAAGGUAGAUGUGAAAACUGCAGAUCGAAAAAAUGCGGGAACCGAUGCAAAUGUUUUUAUCUGGAUUAAAGGAACUAAAGGAAAAAUGCCAAAGAAGAAAUUGUGUAAAAUGACCUCCGUAAAGAAAAAUGCCAAAAUAGAAUCCGGAGUACCAUUUAAAUUUACCAGGGGUAAAACAAAAUCAUUUAAACUGAAGAGUCAAGACUUAGGAGACUUAACAUCACUGCGCAUUGAGCAUGAUGGCCUAGAAAAGAGAUGUGGUUGGUUUUUAGAAGAGGUUGUUAUUACCAAUUUAAUAAGUGGAAAAUCAUGGUUGUUUCCUUGUAAUCAAUGGCUGUCAUUAUUUGAAGCCGACUGUCAGCUGUCUAGAGAAUUGAAAGCAUAUGAUGGGAAGAAAUAUGGCAAAACAGAAUACGAAGUUGUGACAAUCACCGGUAAUGUGAAAGGAGCUGGUACUGAUGCUAAUGUCUACGUUACCAUGUAUGGACAGAGGGGUACAUCAAGUAAGAAACACCUGAGGCCAGAAGGAGCAGAUGCAUUUGAAAGAGGACAGACAGAUAUUUGUAGAUUCAAAUCUAACAAUGUUGGCAUGAUUCGAAAAAUAAGGAUUGAGCAUGACAACACUGGAUUCGGUCCUGGUUGGUUUCUUGAACGGGUUGUCAUUACAGAUUUAAGAAAUCCAAAAAAAGCUAAGUUUUAUUUCCCUUGCGGUCAGUGGCUCGCCAAGGAUGAAGGAGAUCGGUUGACGUACAAAGAUUUACUGGGUAGUACAGAUCCAAUGGCUGUCAGGAAAGCUAAUAAGUACAUUGUACGUGUGUAUACCGGAGAUAGAGCAAAGGCUGGUACUGAUGCUAAUGUCUCCAUCACAAUCUUUGGAGAGUUUGGAGAUUGUGGUGAGAAGAAACUACGGGCUAAAGGCAAUAAUUUUGAGAGAGGAAGUGAAGACAAAUUCAUUUUAGAGUGUCCACAUUUGGGUGAAUUGAAGAAGAUAAGAAUUGGACAUGACAACGCAGGACUUGGACCUGGUUGGUUUCUAGAUAAGGUAAUAAUAGAUGACUCUGAACAGAAGAGGUGUUAUGAAUUUCCAUGUCAUAGGUGGUUUGACAAAAGAGAAGAUGAUGGUCAGAUACAGAGAGAUAUAUUAGUUGGAGGUAAACCAGGAGAUGCCCCUGCAGGUUUUCCGUAUGAAUUCCGUGUGACUACCAGUGACAAACGCCAUGCCGGUACCAGUGCCAGAAUCUAUGUGAUAAUGUAUGGUGGUGAAAGAGGUGAAGAGAACAGUGGCAAGGUCUGGUUGAAUGAUGGCAAGUUUGAGCGUGGUCGUACAGAUAUUUGUAACGUGGAAUGUGCUACAAUGCUGAGUCCGCUGUCUCGGUUAACCAUCGGUCAUGACAAUUCGGGACCCGGAUCGGGUUGGCAUCUAGAAAAGGUUGAGGUGUACUGUCCGGCUACUGGUAUAACGCAGACAUUUGUAUGUGAUAAAUGGCUGGCAGACGACGAGAGUGACGGUUGCAUUGAGAGGACCAUGAACGAAAGUGAAUCUAUGAGAAAAGUUAAGAAAGCAAAAAAUAUUUGGCAUGUGACUGUACACACAGGUGACCAGACUGCUGCCGGCACAGACUCCAAAGUCAUGUUGUGUUUGUACGGAUCUAAAGGCAAAUCAGAUGAUAUAGUACUUAACAAUGCAAGCGAUAACUUUGAAAAAGGCAACGUAGACAGUUUCAAAAUAGAAGUGCCUGAUGUUGGCAAACCUUAUAAGAUACGAAUUGGACACGAUAAUGCUGGUGCAUUUGCUGGAUGGUUUUUGAAACAGGUUACAAUGGAAAAUAUGUCAACAAAGAAGAAAUAUAUUUUCAAUUGCAAUAGAUGGUUUGCUAAAGACGAGGAUGAUGGUUGUGUUGUCAGAGAGAUCCCAGCUGAGGGAGAAACUAUUAAAAAACCACAACCACUUGUGAAAUACAAUGUAUCCGUGGUAACCAGUGACAAAUUUGGUGCUGGUACAGACGCCAAUGUAUUCUGUGUGCUUUAUGGUGACCAAGGAGAUACAGGAGAGCGCCCUCUAGUCAAAAGUGAACACAUCAAUAAAUUUGAAAGAGGUGAUAUCAAUGCUUUUGAAAGAGGUUCAACUGAUACUUUUGAAAUUGAGGCAGUGAUGCUAAAGAAAUUGCGACGAGUAAAAAUAUUCCAUGACGGCAGUUGGGCUGGAGCAGGAUGGCAUUUGGAUAAAGUUAUUGUAGAAGAACAGAAUAACCCUAAAUCUAAAAUCGUCUUUCCAUGUAACAGAUGGUUAGAUCGAGAUGAAGAUGAUGGUUUGAUAGUAAGGGAAUUAGUACCAGAAGGUGUAUCACAAUUGCUGUCCACAACAUCAUAUCAUGUGACCGUGAAGACAGGAGAAGAGCGGAAUGCUGGUACCGAUGCUAAUGUCUAUCUUAAAAUGUUUGGUGAGCUUGGUGACUCUGGACAACUUCCGCUCAAGCAGUCUGAAAAUACAAAGAACAAAUUUGAAAAAGGAAGAAAGGAUAAAUUUGUGCUUGAAGCAUGCGAUAUCGGCAAGCUUGAAUAUAUUAAGAUUGGCCAUGAUGGUAGUGGACCUGGUUCUGGUUGGUUCUUAGACAGCGUAGAGAUAGAUAUACCAUCAAAUGGUCUCAAUUAUAUGUUUGCCGCUCAUCGCUGGUUGGCUGAAAGUGAAGGAGAUGGAGAGAUAGAGGUGGAGCUACAAAUCACCGAAAUGAAAGAGUUUUCACCAAGAAUACCAUAUGAAAUAACAGUGAUCACCGGAGACAAGUCUGGAGCUGGUACCGAUGCCCAAGUUUUCAUCAGAAUGUACGGCCUUAAAGGAAAAACUGAUGAAUUUAUCCUUAAUAACAGAACUGAUAAUUUUGAAAGGGGCAUGACUGAUAAAUUCAAGAUUGAAGCGGCUGAUGUAGCAAUGUUAACAAAGAUCCGUAUUGGUCAUGAUAAUAGCGGCAGAUCGGCUGGGUGGUAUCUCGAAAGAGUGAUUAUUGAAAGAUUUCCCCCAAAGAGAAAAAUGAAACGAAAGAGGAGCGGAACACCGAGAAGAAGAGGAGAGUAUGAUGAGGAGGAUUACGAUGAUAUUCCUGAAACAAAUGUAGUAAAUUUUGUGUGCAAUAGAUGGUUUGCCAAAGAUGAAGAAGAUCAUCAGAUUGUCCGGGAAUUACUUCCAACUGAUGAGGAGGGUAGGGCUCUCAAAGGACAUGGUCUGAAUUAUAACGAAUACAUUGUUCACAUAUUCACGGGUGAUGUGUCUGGAGCUGGCACCGAUUCUAAUGUGUUUAUCAAUUUAUUUGGUGAAAUGGGGGAUUCUGGUGAAAGAGAACUCAAAGAGUCAGAAACAAACAGAAAUAAGUUUGAAAAGAAUAGCGAGGACGUCUUCAGGAUAGAAGCUGUAGAACUUGGAAAUUUGAAGAAAUUAAAGAUUCGUCAUGAUGAUUCAAUGUUGGGUUCAGCAUGGUUUCUGGAUAGAGUGGAGAUCGAAGACACACAAAACAAAGAGAGGUAUUAUUUCCCAUGUCAACGUUGGCUAGCAACGAAAGAGGAUGAUGGUCAAAUAUCUCGUGACUUGGUGCCAGUGGAUAGACGGAUUAUGGAAUCUAAGAUGAAAGGAAUGGGAGAUAAACGAAAAUCCAGCACUGGUCUCAGGGACUCAUUGGCAUUGGAAACUAAAGCCAUAAUGACAACCUACUACAUAGCAGUAGAAACAGCCAAUGUUAGAGGAGCUGGUACUGAUGCUGAUGUUUAUGUGGUAUUGUAUGGGGAAAGUGAUGACACAGGUUUAAUACAAUUGAAGACCUCAAAGACCAAUAAGAAUAAGUUUGAACGUGGUAAAGUUGAUAAGUUUGAAAUUGAAGCAGUUGAUAUUGGAGAAAUAAAGAAAUUGAAAAUUGGUCACUACAAUGGCGGAGCAGGUCCUGGAUGGAUGCUUGAAAAAGUGGACAUUGAUGCGCCCUCGUUAGGCAAAAAGUGGACAUUCCCCUGCCAUAGAUGGUUCGACAAGAAAGAAGACGAUGGUCUGAUUGAGAGAGAAUUGUAUCCGGUGGAAACAAGAACUGAAGAAUAUGAGAAACAUGUUCCAUAUGAAAUCACCGUCCACACCACUGAUAAGUCAGGUGCCGGCACAGAUGCAGAUGUCUAUAUUGUUCUGUUUGGCAAAGACACCUGCACUUCACAGAAGAGUUUAUGUUCCAAUAAAAAACAAAGAAAAGAAUGCUUUGAGAGGAACAAAGUAGAUAAGUUUGUUGUUGAGAUGGAGGAUGUGGGUGAUACAAUUGAGAAGAUAAGGAUUGGACAUGAUGAUUCAGGAUUUGGUGCAGCCUGGCAUUUACAUAAAGUAGAAGUCAGAAGACUCCUUGACAAAGGAAAGGGUUCAAAGAUUUUUACAUUUCCUUGUGGUCGAUGGUUGGCACGGAAAGAAGAUGAUGGUUCUAUCGUUCGAGAGUUAGUGCCGACGCAUAUUGUGGAGGAAGUGACUCGAAAGGAUGGUUCUGUUAAAACCAAACAAGUAAAACAAGCAACCCUUGAGAAACGUGUGUAUAAAGUCAAUGUAGUAACUGGAGAUGUCAAAGGAGCUGGUACGGAUGCCAAUGUAUUUAUAAAUGUAUUUGGUGAAUAUGGCGACACUGGAGAACGAAAACUAGUCAAAUCAGAAACGCAUAUGGAUAAGUUUGAAAAAGGACAAACUGAUAAAUUUACGCUUGAAGCUGUGGAUCUUGGUAAAAUAUAUAAAAUGACAAUUCGUCAUGACAACUCAAUGUUAUCCCCUGCAUGGUUCUUAGACAAAGUUGAGAUUAUCGAUGAUGAGAAUGAUGUAGUUACAUUUCAUUGUGAAAGAUGGCUGGCUAAGAAUAAAGAUAAUGGUAAAAUUGAAAGAACUUUGUAUAUUAAGGGUUACCAAGGAGACACAUCAAGUAUGAGUACGCUAGCUCGUUCUGGAUCAUCACGGUCUCUAAAAUCUGUUCGCAGCGCCUUCGGUCCUGACAGUCCAUCAGCAAGACGGAAAACCGCUGGAGCACAGGAACCAGAAUACUUUGGUCCAACUAUACCAUACACUGUUAAAAUCACUACCGGCAAAGACAGUGAUAUGGGAACCGAAGCUAAUGUCUUUAUUGAAAUCAUAGGUAGCAAGAAACCCAAGACAUCUGGUAAAAUUCCUUUAGAGAUUUACAACAAAAGCAAAUUUGAACCCAAAUCCACUGAAACAUUCUCCCUAGAAGCACCUGAUAUGGGAGAAAUCAAGAAAAUUGAGCUUGGCCAUGAUGGUAUAACCCCCAAAGAUGGAUGGUUUGUUGAAGACUUGGAGAUUGACAUGCCAACUGUUGGUAAACAUUACCAUUUCCCGUGUAAAAGAUGGUUCUCUAAAGAUAAAGACGAUGGUUUGAUUUCACGGACAUUGUUUGUAGCAGAUGCCGAGAGUGUUCAAUAUAAACCUAAAAUUCCUUAUGAAAUGACCAUUUACACGGGUGAUGUUAAGAGUGCUGGUACAGACUCUAAAGUAACACUGACUGUGUUCGGUGCCAACGGGAAAGCACCAGACCUUGUGGUCGAUAAAAAUGGAGACAGAUUUGAAAGAGGCAAAGCUGAUAUGAUUAAGUUGGAAUUAGAAGAUAUAGCUCCGCUGAAGAAAAUCAGAAUCAGUAUUGAUGGGAAAGGAAGUCGACCUGAUUGGUAUCUUGAGAAGAUAUUAAUGCGUAAUAUGGACACUGGUGACUUAACUGCAUUCCACUGUGAUCAAUGGUUGUCAAAAAGCAUGGGAGAUGGAAAACUGACCAGAGAAAUAUCAGCUACAGUUAGAGGUGAAACAUUGGUCAAAACUACGUUCUACACUGUCAAUGUGAAAACCAGUAAUGUACGAGGAGCUGGAACCGAUUCCAAUGUGUUUCUCAUAUUAUUUGGUGAGAAUGGUGAUUCAGGAGAACUGGCAUUGAAAGAAUCUGCGACCAAUAAAAAUAAGUUUGAGAAUAAUCAGCUUGAUGUGUUUAAAUUUGAGAUGCUGAGUCUUGGCGAUCUCUUGAAAUGCAGAGUCUGGCACGAUAACAAAGGUUGGGGAGCAGCCUGGCAUUUAGAAUAUAUUGAAGUCAUUGAUGAGAAAACGCACGCUAAUUACAUGUUCCAUUGCAAUCGAUGGUUGGCAAAGAAUGAAGACGAUAAACAGAUCAUGCGAGAACUGACCUGCAGUGGUCCUGCCACUCCGGGAAGAGAAGACGACAAAAUAGCUUACAACAUCACCAUAGUUACUGGAGACAAAAACAGUGCAGGUACACAACAUAAUGUGUGGGUCAUCCUGGAAGGAGAUAAACGAUCCUCAAAAGAGUUUCUCAUGGAAAAUUCUGCUAAGAAUAAAAUAUUUAGAAGAGGUGACACAGAUGAUUUCAAGUUCAAUACCAGAAACGUAGGAGAGAUCGAUACUAUCCUUUUGGGUCAUCGCGAGCGAUACGACUUGAAAGCCAAGGGUAGUGGACGCGAUGUCGAGUGGUAUUGUUACGAGAUUAUAGUUCAAAACACAAUAAGUGGUGAUAAGUAUGUAUUCCCAUGCAAGAGUUGGAUUCCUCUCAGUGACAGUAAGAAAGGAGCAAAGAGACUUGAAUGUACAAAGAAAGAGAAAGGAAGAGCUGAUGUGAUUAGAAAUCUGGCACCAGUAAAAUAUGAAAUAGUAGUCACUACUGGAGACGAAAAGGGUUCCGGAACAAAUGCCAAUGUUUUCAUAACUUUAUAUGGAGAGUAUGGAGAUUCUGGAAAAAGGCCACUAACUCAGCGAUUCCGUGAUCUGUUCGAACGAAAACAGGUGGAUAAAUUUCAGAUCGAAGCGUUAGAUCUUGGAGAGUUGAUUAAGUGUCGAGUAGAACACGAUAAUUCAGGUUUUAGCCCCGGCUGGUUUCUGGAUAAAAUUGAAGUCACUAAUCAAAGUACAGGUAUGAGGACACUUUUCCCCGCACAGAAAUGGUUAGAUAAGAAGAAAGGAGAUGGUGAAAUAUUCAAGGAAUUGUUCCCCCACCAAGAGUAAACUAUAUUUUGAACAUAACAGGUGAAGUUCGUUGUAACAUUGAUGUCUACACUUCAUUUAUAAUAAAUCAGUCAAGAAAAUGAACAAAUUUUAUUUUUCACAAGUUAUAGAUCACAUUUAAAAUUUCCUUAAAUUUAUUAGAACUAUUUUGGGAAAAAGCUAUAGGAUAAUCAGCUAAAUAUAAAUACAUUUGUAAGUAUUUCUUUUCUUAGUUAUUAUCACAUUUUUUUUUAUUUAACUCAGGAUUUUUAGUUUCAUGAAAAGUUACUACCCGGUACAUUGUAUAUAUCAAUCUCAAGUCUUGUCAUAGUAUAAAACGGAACUGGUUAGUCCUUCCAUACAUUUGAUUAUAGUUAUCAUUGUCUCUGGUGUUAUAGGCAGUUAUACGUUGUCAUAAACAGUACUUAUCAUGGGAAUCUAUUUCUAUACCUACAGUAUGCUAUUCCACAUAGUUCUGUUAUUUUAAUAAUCAUUUCAAUCCAAGAUGGCCACUCCAACUAUAUUAUGUGAAUUCAAAAUGGCCGUCGUAUACAAAUCCAAUGACACCCACAAAUGUAAAUAAAAUGUUUUGAGAUUGUCAUAAGAAAUAAUUAGAGGCUUUGUGAACAUGGUUUUGAGAUACUUAUUUUUGUAAUUUUUUAUACCAGAGUACAUUUAUCUUUUAAUUUAAUUUAAUGUAUUGUAAAUUUCAUGAUAAAGAUUUUUUAAUUCAAAAUAGAAAGUAUCAAUGAUGCUGCAAUAGUGUUGAUUUAAUUAUAGAACAUCCAACUCUGUAAUUUUCAUUCAAAAUCUUUCUUUUUUUAAAGCCAGGGCUAUUUAAAUUAAUAGUCUAUUUUUUCAAAUCAAACAAUGUUUAUAAUCCUGUUAGAACUGCUCAAUAAAGGUCAAAGUAAAGACAAGCUCCAACUUUCACAUGGCAGCUAUGUAUAAAAAUAAAAUAACUGGCAU